AUGAGAAAGCGGAAUACCUUUAAACUUAAAACUAAAAAAACCACUUUUAUCCAAUUUAUCACACAAAUUUUAAUAAUAAUGAUAAAAACCACAACAGAAAGUGAUAUCACCUUAGAAUCUCUUGAAAAGAAGUUAGUUAUAGAUUUCGGCCACCGCUCAAGAGUAUGACUUGUAGAGCACAGACACACCUUCUACGCCCUCAAAGAAGUCGCCAAAGCUGGUCUUUCUGAAAUAGAGGUCAGACAUUUAUUCGAAGAAAAACAAGCAUUGAGCAGUCUUAAGCAUCCAAAUAUUAUUAAGCUCAUCACUACUUUUAAAGACCACACAAACAUUUAUUUCCUAUUAGAGCUUGCCAAAGGUGCACCACUAAGCCAUAUCUUAAAGCAGCAGCGGAGAUUUCCAAUUGAGCAGGUUCAGUCAAUUGCUUUACAAAUUGCAAAUACUUUGGCAUAUAUUCACGCUGAAGGCUAUAUUUAUCGUGACUUAAAAUUAUACUUUUUCUUUUAAUAAUGUAUAUAUAUAUAUAUUUUUUUUAAAAAAAAUGAAAAUUCAUUUAUUCAAGAUUAUCUAACGUAUUAUUAGACGACACAGGCAAAGUGGUAUUUGUUGACCUUGGUUUAUGCAAAAAAAUAAACAACGAAAAGUAAACACAUAUUUAGAGCUUAUACAGUAACGGGUACUAGGCAUGCAAUGAGUCCUGAAAUGUUUAAGCAUCUAAUAGAUGGGACUGAGCCAUCUGGAUAUAGCUAUGAAAUAGACUGGUGGGCACUUGGAAUAUUAACUUAUGAGCUCCUAAAGAGCAGCCCACCCUUUGGACUAUAUGGAGAAGAUUUAUUCCCACACAUUUUGAGAGGACUGGAUUAUGUUGAUAUGACAGAAGUCCCAGAAAUUGCUUGUGAUUUUAUUAGGAAACUGCUGAACCCAGAUUUAAGCUUGAGGCUAGGACAUAAUAGCUCAAAUGAGGUGCUAGAUCAUCAGUUUCUUAGGACUGCGCCACCUUUGAUAGUCCCGAAUUCGACUCAGCUGCAAGUGAUACAGUCUUGGUGUGAAUUUAUUGAUCCUUCAGAACAAGUUUCAGAGCAAGAUUUAUUUAGAGAAUUUUAA